AUGAAAGAUAGUAAAGGCUGGGAUGGGAAUCUGAGAGUUGAGCCUAAGGCUACGAUCACAAAUCCAGAGGCCGUGGAGGAUCCAAAUUACUCGGAUUCUGAUGCACCGCCGGUUGAGGAGAUUGAGGCUGAUGAGGAUCUACUCGAGGGUGAGGAUCCAGAGACGCAAGAAAUCGACCUCGUACAUUGUCGCAUCGCUUCAAUUCCAGCUUUGCGACUAGAACGAUUCCACAAGCUCCAGAGAAUAUGCCUCCGACAGAACCAGAUUACUCGCAUCGACUUCCCCUCCGAAAUUGCGCCUACGCUGCUCGAACUCGACCUCUACGAUAACCUUAUUUCGCAUGUCAAGGGUCUCGAUGAGUUCCGGGAUCUGACGAGUCUAGAUCUUAGUUUCAACAAGAUCAAACACAUCAAGAAUAUCUCGCAUUUGGUCAAUCUGACAGAUCUUUAUUUUGUUCAGAACAGAAUUUCCAAGAUUGAGGGGUUGGAGGGCUUGACAAAGUUGCGGAAUCUAGAGCUGGGAGCGAACAGGAUUAGGGAAAUCGAGAAUCUUGACACUCUAGCCUCGUUGGAGGAGCUCUGGCUUGGAAAGAACAAGAUUACUGAAAUGAAGAACCUCGACGCCCUCUCGAACCUUCGCAUCAUCUCCAUCCAGUCGAAUCGUCUGACCAGCAUUACUGGCCUCUCCUCGCUCAAGAACCUCGAAGAGCUCUACCUAUCUCAUAACGCCAUCACCGACCUCAGUGGACUCGAGUCCAAUACCUCGUUGCGCGUCCUGGAUUUCUCCAACAAUAAAAUUUCGAAGCUGGAACACAUCUCCCAUCUGAAGAACCUGGAAGAGCUGUGGGCAUCCAACAACGAAUUGUCGAGUUUCGAGGAGGUGGAGCGCGAGUUGAGGGAUAAAGAGAAGCUGCAGACGGUGUAUUUUGAAGGGAACCCAUUGCAAACCAAGGGGCCGGCGGUGUAUCGAAACAAGGUGCGGUUGGCACUGCCGCAAAUCAUGCAGAUUGAUGCGAGUAAGUUCAGUUUCUUCGCUGGUCGGGCUCUCGGAUGGGUUGCUGACGAUAUCUAG